AUGGAAUCGGCUCUUCCCAGCGGGUUGCUGGACAUUGCCUUACAACAACGAAGGCUGAGCGUCAUGCUUCAGCCUGCAAGGAGGCACGGCCCUACGGGAGGCCACGACCUCAUUGGAGAGAGAGAUGUUCUGCGAGCGACCCUGACAAAUGGCCAGGAGGAAGGUCGCCCUGACAGUGGCGAACAAACAUGGCGCUACUACGACCUUUUCGACGCGGUCCGCGACCUCCUUGACUACGUCAGUGCCAAGCUGAUCCAACUUGGCAGUUUUGCACAGGAACAUGCCCAGGGCCUCCUGCACAGCUUCUAUGCGGCACAGAUGGGAGCCCUACUUGCUUUUAUCCUCUCCACAGGAAGCCAAGGUCCGCCCACAUGCAGGAAGCUCCCCCACCUCUCGAAAAGUUGCCCACUUCGGAUGCUUUUGGCGUUUUCGGUUGUCACUGUUGGGCAAGCGGUCCCGACAACCGGGCCUGGCCUCUCUGGACGAGGUCCACGAGCAGGACCUCUACUUCCUCCGACAGUCCCUCGCCAAACAGAUCUGGAGCUGUGGAUUUCCGGACAGCUAACUAUCCGAGAACAACUUCUUCGAGCUGAUGUGGAUAGGUCGCCCCUGCUAGAAACCGAAGCAGGAGACAUGCCUCCACCACCAGCUGAUCCGAAUCCUACAGAGCACGAGGGUGAUGUGGCUAUGUCUGAUGAAGAUCGAAGAGCUGUCCACAUUACGGUGUGGACCACAUCACCGCACUUUGGCCAGGAAACCGUGGACAUUGGUAUGGGUUUUCCCUUGACCUCUCAGCGAGUCUGCGAUGCGGUCGUUUCCACCUGUCAAAGUAUGCCCACAUAUGCGGAGACUGCAGUCCCGACGAUCCCGCAACUGGGGUCGCAUUUCGGCAGCUGUAUACUUAUCCCAUCAUGGAUUCCUGCCGAUGGCAAGUUCGCCAUGUUGAUGGACAAUCGGGGAAUCGGGGGCGAGCUCUUCGCCUUCUAUCACACCGGACCUGUAUCGCAGAGAUCUCUUGAAAGGCAACUCCCGGAAGAUGCGGCUGACAUCGACAUCUACCUCUUCGGGAACCGAACGGCAUUGCAGCCGAACGACUCUGUUGAUGCUAUCCAGGGAGGCAUCAUCAAAACUGUUUUUGCCGGGGAACUUUGUGAAUGGGAGGACUCUUUGUCGGACCGACUCACGGACCCCUCGAGAUGGGAUCCCAGACAGCAUCCGCCGGGCCUUAGCCGGGGCUCGCAUGUUGUCUAUCAAACUCCCGAGGACCAGCUCGUCUUCGAGGACCUCCCAGAUGCAGAUCAGCGCCGAAAUGAUCUGGCUGAUCUACUCAUGGGAUUUCAGCCAGGACAAAGUUGGAUCGUGGAGCCGGCGCAGCCACUGGACGACCUCACACAUGCAGGUCGCCGCAUCGCUAAACAGAUUGCGAUGAUCCCUGGCCCGCGCUCCACGCCUGUAGACGAUCCGGACGCCAUCGUAAUCUUUGUCGACUUGCGAGGUUUGGGCAUGUUCCCGCAGUGGCUCCUGCUACCAGGCCCCCUCUUCAACUCCUCCGAGUAUUUAGAGAGCAUCCCGGCACCCAGCAUCGAAGGCUGGACCAUGAUCGUCGAGGGGGGGGAGCUCACUGCACAACGAGAUCUUCUUCGAGUUCAGCCAGGGGAAACCCUCAACUUCUUCUUGAAGGAGACUGCUGACCUCACCCCGUCUCCGGCUGACGAGGACAGCGACGGUGACGAUGAGGACGGAUCGGAGGACUCCGACAGCUCCUACAACGACAACCUGCCCAACUCGAGUGACAUCUCUGCUUCACCCCCAUCGGACGGCAGACCUCGAGGACCACCUCCACCUCAGCCGGUGAACCGCAGCCGUUCGCCCAGCCGACGUUCUGCUGAGGCUCCACGAGGACAUGGCUGCGCCGGACCCAUGCCACCGGCCCCCGGGGAGGAUGUGGGCCACGGCCAAAAGGGUGCCAAGAUCGUCUCCCUCGCGGACGCGGUACCGCCUCCACACUUCGACCUGACUGUCAACCACUUGCAGCUACCUCAUACACCACAACAGCUCGCUACCAUGAUGCGACCGUGGCUGCCUACCUGGCUGCAGUUUUCUUGGCAAGGCCUCAAGUUGCAGAAGAAUACGCAGAAUGCCCUUCGAGAGCUUGUCCACUGGAGUGACCUGAUUUCUCGAGUAGGGCAAGAAGACUCCGAAGUCUACUUGUACACCGAUGGGUCCGCUGACCAGCAUGGCCGCAGCGGAUACGGAAUCCUCAUCCUGCUCAAGGUCGGCGCCUUCAUGGCACUCUUUGGUGCGAUUGGGGAACAACUUCAAGGUAAUGAUCUAUGCCCUUGGAAUGUUCCCAAUGUACCGGCUUUAGCCGCCGAACAGGUAGCAAUAGCUGCCGCUUUGUUGUGGAUUGCCCAGGCACGAUCACUGCUCCCCACUGCCAAGUACCACAUCCUCUUCGACUGCAAUGCUGCAGGCGGGUCUGCCUCAGGCCGGUGGAAUCCUAAUUCCUUUGCGGAGCGCACCCACCAGUUCGAGCUCUUCCUUAAAGAGCUCCCACAGACAUGGAUUGAAUAUGGCCACGUCAAAGGCCACAGCGGGGACCCGUGGAACGAAAUGGCGGAUGCGCUGGCCAAGGCCGCUGCCAAAGGCGAUCACUACCUCCCAGGGCCCUCUAUCGAGGUGAUCCAAGCUUUCCAGGCCAACUCCCUCGCGUGGUUGGCAACGGCUGCAUCUGCACUCAAGACCGGAGCAUUGAAGGGGCGAGGAGGAGUUCAACGCGUUGGAUCGGCGAAUAUCCAAGGCAUCGGGGGGCUUCAUCGGUACAUCGAGGAUCAGUUCCAUGCAGAAGGCCUGCAGAUUGCGAUGCUCCAAGAGACCAAAGGAGCAUCCGGUCUAUGCCGUGGACCCCACUAUCUCCGACUCUCCUCUGAAUCUCAGGGCCAUUGGGGUACAGCCAUCUGGCUGCACAGACAGAAGGGAGCCAUCAAAUUCAACGGCAAGCCAGUUGUUGUCGACGAAGCCAACAUCGAGCUCCUCUUCGAAGGACCCCGGCUCCUGGCUAUUCAGAUUAUUGUGGAGUCAGGGAUAAAAAUCGCAGUUCUGGCAGGGCAUUGCCCGCAUGCUGGACGAGUUGAUGAGAGAGACGCCUUCCUCAACGACCUCAAGCUCACUCUGGCCAGAUGCAGACAAGCCCAAGUCGUUGUGUUUGGGGUCGAUCUGAAUGGACGUUUGCCCACAAACUACCAGUGUGUCACAGGCUCCCUGACAUGCGACCCUCCCGACCACACUGGAUGGUUGAUGGCCAAUGUCAUGGCCGACUAUGGCCUUUGGGCCCCAGCCACCUACGAGUCCCUCCACAAAGGCGACCCAGCGACUUAUACCCAUCCUAACGGCCAGCAAAGCAGGAUCGAUUAUCUGCUAUUGGGAGGGAAAGCCGAGGUGCAUUCCUUGGUCAGUGAUUCCGUGCACAGCUUUGACAAUGGUAGUGCCAAUGAAGAUCACAAAUUGGUGGUCUUGGAGUUUGAAGGAGAAGCACUCCAAAGCAGCCUUGAAGCUCGACUCCAGCUUCCGCGCUAUGACACUGAGGCCAUGCGAACAGAGCAAGGACGACGUCAACUGCAGUAUAUCUGCGACAGCUUCCCACAACCGGCCUGGAAUGUCCAUCCUGAUGACCACUGCCAGCGACUUCAGGAAUACCUACAGGACGCCCUUGGCUGGUGGUUCCCGAAGCCCCCAACCUCAAGACGUUCUUCUUUCAUCCCCGAUGAGGCGUGGACACUGCGGGAUGCUAAGCUCAGCCUGCGCCGCAAAACCCUUUCAAGGAGACAGCUGUGGGGCAGCUUUGCGGCGACUGCCUUCCGAUGCUGGAAGAAAGGAGUCCCCCUGACCAACCAGGAGGGCCUACAAAAGCACGCUAUCCUCUAUGAGGCCAUUGCGGUCGCGAUCAAGCUCGUUACCAAGAAAAUCAAGAACUUGAUCGCCAAGGGCAAGAACGAGAUGCUGGGGUCCAUUGUUCGCGAAGGACCGCAGGGGGUCUCUGAGGUCCUACAGCGAGCCAAGCGCGCAGGACUUGGAGGGCAAAAGACGCGGCCUGUGGUCCGCCCUCUUCCGGCCUUGCUGCACCCGGACUCAGGCGAGCUGGCCCGGACCAGACAGGACCGUGAUCAGAUUUGGCUCCUGCACUUCGGACGGCAAGAAAAAAGUGUCAUUCGAAAGACAAGUGAUUUUCUGAAAGACGACCAGAGAAUGGAGCAAUCGGAGAUCACAUGGAAGUGCGAAUGGCUCCCGUCACUCACGGACUUUGAGAGCCUGAUGCGGCGAGUCAAGCCUGGGAAAGCUGGCGGAUUAGAUGGUCUUCCGAGCGAUUUGCUCGCUGCAUGCCCGACAGGUAUGUCGCAGAUCACGUAUCCCCUGUAUCUCAAAUCCCUUCUCACCUUUCGCCAGCCGAUUCAGUGGAGAGGAGGCGUCCUCUUUGAAUUGUUCAAGAGAUCAGGCAUGCAAAGCCAGGUGGAGAGCCACCGCAGUAUCUUCCUGAGCAGCCACUUGGGAAAAGCGCUGCACAAAUCCCUCCGGACCAAGAUCCGUGGCGAGGUACAGUGUUCACUUCACCCGCUACACUUCGGAACGAGAGACUCAGCCCCAGUUCUUUUCCCCAGUUUGUAUGUGGCCUCGCAUUUCAGACGGUGUCGCCGGCUUGGACGCAGCGCGGCGGCGCUUUUCGUGGACACAAAAAGCGCAUACUACCGGGUGAUCAGAGAGGUCGCCACUGGGGUUAUCACCCAAGACUCCACGCUGGUCUGGUUGUUUCGUCGCUUUCAGCUCAGUGAGGACGAUGUGGAGGAGCUUCGCACCAUUAUCCAACAGGGUGGUAUGUUGGAAGCCUUUGACGUCCCACCUCCCAUCAGACAAGCAGUACGCGACAUGCAUUUUCGGACCUGGUUUAUCACCCGGUACUCCCAGGGCGAUGAGAUCGGACAGGCCUUCGCUGGGUCCCGCCCAGGCGAAGCCUGGGCUGACACCAUCUUUGCAUUUAUUUAUGCAAAGGUCUUGUACAAGGUCCACGAAUGCAUGGAUGCUGAGGGCCUCCUUUUCAGACUACCCUACGACCAGGAGUCCGGCAUCUACGCAACGGGGGGCCAAGGCUUCGAGGAGCCUUCUUGGGACACUACAUGGGCAGAUGACUCGGCCUUCCCGCUGGAGUCCGGCGAGCCGGAAACACUACUGGUGAAGACGAGCCGAGUCAGCUCUCUCGUCAUCGGGCUCUUUCAAUCCUACGGAAUGGAGGUCAGUCUGAAACGACACAAGACGAGCUUGGUCAUCCAGCUUCGGGGCAAAGGAGCUGUCCGGGCUCGUCGCCGCUUCUUCUCCUCGGGCAAAGCAGCGCUCUUCCUAGAGGAUCUGCAGCUGAGCAUUGACAUUGUCCCUUACUACCGUCAUCUUGGCGGCGUCAUUGAUGGCCGCAUGGAUUUGGGACAAGAGGUCCGACACCGAUUGGGCCUGGCGGCUUCUCAUAUGAAGCGGCCAAGUCUCUCUUGCUGCAGAACAGGGAUUUGA